GCCAGGGCCCCGGCAUUGGCGACAGGGUGCGUGAGCCCGCGCACGGCUAGCGGUUCCCGCAGCGGCUCUGGGUGCGGAGCGGCCCGACGGACCCGGGCGCAGGGCGCGCAGCCCGGGCGCUGAGGAGGCGCGCGGAGAACCGCACCGGCGCCGCCAGCUCGCGACCCGACGUGCGCGCAGCGGCCCCGGGCCGAUCUGGUACAUCAUAAAUUGGUCUAAAAUGGCUGGGCCUUUAUCUGAGUAAGUCACUGAAUCCAUCCCAGAAGCUCUGCAUCCAGGUGCAUUUGGCAUUAGUAUCUGAGAUUAAUUAACCCAGGAGAUCAAAAUGAUCCUCAAUUCUUCCACUGAAGAUGGUAUUAAAAGAAUCCAAGAUGACUGCCCCAAAGCUGGACGGCACAAUUACAUAUUUGUCAUGAUCCCUACUUUAUACAGCAUCAUCUUUGUGGUGGGGAUAUUUGGAAACAGCUUGGUGGUGAUUGUCAUUUACUUUUACAUGAAAGUGAAGACUGUGGCCAGUGUUUUUCUUUUGAAUUUAGCACUGGCUGACUUAUGCUUUUUACUGACUUUGCCACUGUGGGCCGUCUAUACUGCUAUGGAAUACCAUUGGCCCUUUGGCAAUUACCUAUGUAAGAUCGCUUCAGCCAGUAUCAGUUUCAACCUCUAUGCCAGUGUGUUUCUACUCACAUGUCUAAGCAUUGAUCGCUACCUGGCUAUUGUUCAUCCAAUGAAGUCCCGCCUUCGGCGCACAAUGCUUGUGGCCAAAGUCACCUGCAUCACUAUUUGGCUGCUGGCUGCCUUGACCAGUUUGCCAACUAUAAUCCACCGAAAUGCAUUUUUCAUUGAAAACACCAAUAUCACAGUGUGUGCUUUCCAUUACGAAUUCAAAAAUUCAACCCUCCCCAUAGGGCUGGGCCUAACCAAGAAUAUACUGGGUUUCUUAUUUCCUUUUCUGAUCAUUCUUACAAGUUAUACUCUUAUUUGGAAGGCCCUAAAGAAGGCGUAUGAAAUUCAGAAGAACAAGCCAAGAAAUGAUGAUAUUUUCAAGAUAAUUAUGGCAAUUGUGCUUUCCUUUUUCUUCUCGUGGGUUCCCCAUCAAAUAUUCACUUUCUUGGAUGUUCUGAUUCAGCUGGACAUCAUACAUGACUGUAAAAUCAUAGAUAUUGUCGACACCGCCAUGCCCAUCACUAUUUGCAUAGCUUAUUUUAACAAUUGCCUUAAUCCUCUCUUCUAUGGCUUUCUUGGGGAAAAAUUUAAAAAAUAUUUUCUCCAGCUUCUGAAAUACAUGCCCCCAAAGGCCAAGUCCCACUCAAGUCUAUCCACAAAAAUGAGCAUGCUUUCCUACCGCCCCUCAGAUAAUGGAAACUCCUCCACCAAGAAGCCUGCCCCAUGUAUUGAGGUUGAGUAACACACGUGAAAACUGUCUGUGACAUAAUCUUGUGGAAAAAGGAGCAAGAGAAGCAUUCCUCUACAGCACUUCUCUACGAAAUAAGCAUCAGCUACUGUUCAGAAACUUAAGAAGAAAGUGAAUUAUGUGGACUGAACUGACUUUUCUAAAGCUCUGAACAAAAAUUUUCCUUUGCAACAAAAUGAAGCAAAGCCACAUUUGUCACAUUUUGCCUAAGAUAGAUGUUGGCUGCUCAAAGGCCAAUGUCAGAAACUGGAUAACUGCGUUGAUUUGGAAACAUUUUACUGGUGGAAAUGCCAUCUCCCCAGUCUGCUCUUGUUCUGUUAUUUUUUAUUUCCACAUAAAGGUGUUUAGAAUAUGUUAAACUUUUAGAAGAUCAGCAGGGGAUCAGAGCUCAAACUUGCUCUCCCCAGUGUCCAAAGGGCAGUAAAGUUUUUGUGCUUAGCCAUUAGCAACUGUGGUUCACUUGUACCUGCUACCACACAUCACAUUUACUACAAAGACUUGCUGAGCAGUGGUUGUAAAGUUUCAAAACUUGUGAAAUUCAGCCAUUGUCUUACUGAUUCACACUGCCAAAACAUGCCAGCUAAAUGGCUUAUUUGUAUAAUGCUGUUACUAAAGUCACCUAUAAAAGUAAAACUACUUAUAAAGAUGUUAACUCUUGUCCCAGGUCAUAGUGUCUUUCUAGUCACUACUUUCAUUUCAUAUCUGAGAAGUAUAUACACUUUACUUCUGGUAAAAAGAUUAUAUAUCAUAAAGUAUGCCUUACUGUUUUAAAAAGUAUAUAUUCUACCUAUGUAUGUAUAUGUACAUCUAUAUCUCUAAAUUGUUGUUACUUUAUUAAAAUCUGAUAAAGUUAUAUUUACAUUAAAAUAAAGUAAU